AUUAAUACAUUUUCCGAUCAUAUAAAAACCGAUUAAAAAGAUCGAAAACCUAAUUUACAAAGAUCGAUCGUCAACCUUCAACGCCGGUGUCACACGAUCAGCUGACAAACAAUAGGGAACUUGCCCAUUUUUUUUUAUUUUACUAAAAUGUGUGUUUAUAUAUAAAAACACAUUAUACCAAAUAUCAGCCCUUAAAUCGCAACACUUAUUUCACAAUAAAUAAUUAAAGUUGGAAUCGCCGCCCGGCACAUUCAAACAAAGCAAGAUGCGCGGCAGCCGCUGUGACGUCAUACCGCGGUAAUCUAUCCGGCACGUUAACAGCCAUUUCAAGGGACCGUCUCAUUUCAAGCAUUAUUCCUCUUGAUUUUUCGCCGAAUUUGCAUCGUUAGCCUCAGUUUUAAGUGUUUAUUGUUCAAUUUUUUUAUUUAUUAUGGAAAAUACUCGGAAUACUGGGUAUAAAUACUGUGUCGUUCCUUUGUGCACGAGUUCAACUGUGAAGAAUCCAGAUAAAAUUUUCAUUCGCGUCCCUGAAGAUAAAAAGCGACGAAUAAAAUGGCUAAAAGCAUGCAGAAGAUAUGUAGGGGAUUAUUCUACGAAGACCACACACAUUCGCGUUUGUGAAGAUCAUUUCAAUAUUGCGGAAGAUAUGGAUAAAUAUGUAAAAUUUAAACUGAUGGGUGGUAAAAAAAUAAUGAAAUCUCAUGUAGUUCCUCACAUUUUUGAUUGCCAGCCAGACAGAAAAAGAACAUUUUCAGUUCCUCCAAGAUCAGCAGCUGUUAAUAGGAUAAAGAGAAGACUUGUUGACGAAGCAGUAGCUACCUGUUCUACCACAACUAUACCAGGAAUAUUACAAACAAGUGUCAGUCCUCAAAGCGACCCCCAACCAAUAACUGACAUGGCCAUGGACCUGGAAAGUGUUGAUGCUACUUUACCACAAACAAGUAUUCCAUUAAAAAGGGAUGUUUCCGUACAAGCCCACCGACGUGUAAUGUUUAGAAGCAAAGCAGUGCAGUGCAAAAUAAAUUUGGGAGUUAACGUUAGCUUGUCUCCAAUUAAAAUUUAUAAUAAAGAUAUCACGAAAAAACAAGAAACCAAUCUCCUAAAAAAUAUUUAUGACAGUCCCUUUAGUGUAAAAAGUAGCGAAAAUCGUUUCAAUGAAGAUGAUAGUGACAGUGACUUUUUGGUUGUUAGUGAAGCUCGUAGUAGUCAUAGUGAAGUGAGUGAAGAACUUUCUGAUGAAAAGAAAAAUUCAUUUAAGAGUAUAUGUUUAAGCUCUACAAUAAUGAAGUUGGAAAAUAGGCCUAGGUUAUACUUGGGAUUACCUGAUGAUGCUUAUUAUGUAGUCCAUUUGCUUGAAAAAUACUGUAAAAUAGAAUCUAUGUACAUAUAUAUUUUUAACUUUAAAAAAAAUUAGACCCGGAAGUACAUUUGUAUGCUUAGGAGAUGACUUUGGGAGAAGCGAGGGUAAUGCUUCUAAAAUAUUUGCUAAAUCUUUACCAAUUAUUAAUAAAUUUUUAAGAAAACUUAUUACCAAGCCUGAAAUUUCUUUUGUAAAGUAAAAUUUGCCACUUGCCUUUCGAGCUCGGUAUAGUAAUGUUUAUUGUAUAAUAGAUUGCUUAGAAAUAGAAAACCCGUCAAGUGCACUAAACCAGUCAUUAACGUGGUCAGAGUAUAAGAAGUGCAAUACUUUCAAAUAUUUAAUUUCUUGUACACCAGACGGUAUCAUAAAUUUUGUUUCCGGAGGUUUUGGGGGUCGAACCUCAGAUGCAGUUAUUGUGGAACAUAGUGGGUUUUUAGAAACUUUACCACCUAAUGUGAGUGUUAUGGCUGACCGAGGAUUUAAACACAUUGAACAUUUAUUAGUGGCUAAAGGCUGUGUUAUAGUUAGGCCCCCAAGUGUUUCUACUGGUACAAAACCCAGUAGAGAUGAAGUUCUCGCAACAAAAAGAAUAGCAAGUUUAAGGAUACACGUGGAACGAGUUAUUCGUAGGUUAAGAGAAUUUUCAUUUUUAGCACCUCAUGCCUGCAUCGACAAUAAAUUAUUAUUAUAUACAGAUAGUAUAAUCAAAAUUGUAUGUGGCUUGUGGCUUAAUUAACUU